AGGUUUAAGGGGAAGGUGUUCUAGAAGUACAAGACAGAAUAACAGUGUACUUCUAUAGUGGAAAUUCUUGUCCCUAAAUUGUUCCCUUUGUCUUUAUCAUUGCAGCAGCAUAAGUACUUUCUCUUCUCUUGUUUCUUGCCCGUGGGGCAAUGAAUCUGCUAAAGCCAUCUGCUACUCCUUGUCAUUUUAUUGCAUGCAGUUGACAGCUGCAGGUGGGGAACAGGGUGGUUAGAAGGGAGCUGAGAUCCCAUUCAUUGGAUACCAGAGACCUCUGUUGGCAAGAUAAGAUCAUAUUUUCAUCCCUCUUUCUUAUCCAGAACUUCUCAGAGUACUCUUUGCCAGUGUUCUAGAGAGCAGGAAAAGUCAUCACUAAGUAUGAAUGUCAAAUCAAAUAUGUGAAACUUACGGAAUUUGCUUAACUAUCCUAGAUGUAAAGUUGGGACCCUUCACCCUUUCUGAAGUGUUCCUUACAAGACGGGUGGUGUUGACUUCAAAGUUUCAAUGCUUAUGUGUAUGAGAAACCUACUAGUAGGCUGUAAUAUAAUAAUGUUGCCUUAAGUUUUGAAGUGAUGUGUUUCUCAUGGUAAAACUUUUUCUUUGGAGAGAAGGAAGAAAUAUUCUUCUGACAGAUUGAGUCUAAAAGAGAAUGGUGACUACUGCUCAGGCAGGCAGGUAAACGGAGUACAUCUUGGAGAACAGUGGAUUCUAGGAUUCUGGAAGGUUGGAAGUUCUGACUUCCAUAAUACAUUUGUUACAUGUUCCUAAUUUAUUGUUUGAUAGUGCCCUCUUUAUGCAUAUGCAGAGUAGGCCCCACACAAUCUUGAAACUAUACAACCACAUUCCUUAAUAGAGGCUCUGUAUCUUGAGUUCAGUACAUUACCAAUGAUAUUGCUUUUUCCUGAGUAUUUGGGGCAAGUGUGUUGCUGUUAACCUAAAAAGGUGCAUUUGGAAUGAUUUACUGACCCAAAAUAUGUCUGCUGUUUUCUUUCAGUAAAGAGGAUAACCGAACUCAGCAUUAUAAAUAUCAGUAUCUGAACAGGAACAAAUCUUUAAAUCUAUUAAGCUUCUGUUUGGUUGCAUGUAUUUUACAGGCAAAAAAUUCUUCUAGUUACUACUUACUUGAAUGCAUAUGAGGGAGAAAGGUUUAAUCAUAAGAAAUGGUUGCUAAGGGAUUACAAAGGGAAGAUAAACUGAAGAUGCUUAUAAUUUUACUAGCAUAUUUGCUAAACAGAGUAAUUUGUGAGACUGGAGAUUGCAGAGAGCAAGAAUUUAGGGACCACAAUGGAAACUGCAUCCUCUGCAGACAAUGUGGACCUGGAAUGGAACUCUCAAAGGAAUGCGGCUUUGGAUAUGGAGAGGAUGCACAGUGCAUGACAUGCAGGCCAAACAGAUUCAAGGAAGACUGGGGCUUUCAGAAGUGCAAGCCUUGUCUGGAUUGUGCAUUAGUGAACCGGUUUCAGAAAGCAAACUGUUCUGCCACCAGCAAUGCACUAUGUGGAGACUGUUUACCAGGAUUUUAUAGAAAGACUAAGCUUGGAGGCUUUCAAGACAUGGAGUGUGUUCCUUGUGGUGAUCCUCCUCCUCCCUAUGAGCCUCACUGUACCACUAAAGUAAACCUUGUGAAGAUCCCUUCAACUGCUUCCAGUCCUCGAGAUACUGCUCUAGCAGCUGUUAUAUGCAGCGCACUUGCAACGGUGCUCUUAGCUCUUCUUAUUCUUUGUGUUAUCUAUUGUAAGAGGCAGUUUAUGGAGAAGAAACCAAGCUGGUCUCUGAGAUCACAAGACAUUCACUACAACGGCUCUGAAUUGUCAUGUUUUGAUAGACCGCGGCUAAGUGAAUAUGACCACAGGACAUGUUGCCAGUGCCAGAGGAGCACAUCACAGACGUGUGGACCAGUUCACUUGAUUCCAUCACUGUGCUGUGAUGAAACCUGUAGCAUGGAGCACAGCAGUCACAGUUGUGCUUUCCACUCGCAGACUACGCUUAAUGAAAGGGCUGACUCUGUUGGAGAAAUGAUUCCUGCCUUCCUUGGUUCUCUUUCACACUCUGCCUGUGGAGACAUUUCAGAUGCUUGGCCUCUUAUGCAAAACUCAGCUUGCUGUGACAGCAUUUCUUUCUCUGAAUCAUAUUCAGAACGGGCUGAUGGAUCUGCAAAAUCCUGCAGUCCUGAGACUGAAAAGACAGCCUCUAUUGAGUCAGAUAACAACCAGGAACUAAAUGAAGUACUUAUUUCAGCUAAUACUCUUGAUGGAAACAUAGCAGAGUCAUUUGAAAUCUCCAAACAUAGAACAUGCACAGAAGAUUCAUUACUUCAAAACUCAGUGGCUGCUGAAACCCAGCCAAAGACAAAGCAUAAUGGAACAGCAAAUGACUCUACAGACUGAUAAAGAGGGAACCAAGCUGUUUCUCUCAGCACUAAAGCUGAAUGCUUCCCUAAUGCUCAUCUGCUGAUUCUCAUCAAACUUAGACUGGCCUUCAAUGUUGCGUAGUUUCAAAAUGAGCUGGAAGAAAAUGGCAUCUUUUCACAACUUCUGAGCACUUGCAUCUGGGUCGUAACAGCUGUAAAGUGAAUCUUCAAGGAGCAUCCUAAGGAGAGCCCUGAAAGUGGAAUUAGGACCUCUUGCAUCUCUUCUAAAAAAAAACAGCCUUCCGUUCCCUCAGAUUCUCAAAAAGUCCAACGGAGUGAGCUUGAAAGUAUAUGUAAAUACAGCAAGAAGUACAAAUACUUCAGUGGGUUUAGGUGGGUAUCUUAGGUACGGCUACAGAGGUCAGAAAGCAUGAGGACAAGAUGUUGCCAGUUAUUCAGCUUGCAGAUAAAUGCAUGCAUUAGGAUCUUUUGGGGGAUGGUUCUAAUUUUGUAUCAGUUUCUUGCUGUUGAAGGACUUAAACAGUAAACAUUUCUAUUUAUGCAAGGAUCAUCUGUUGAUAAACUGAGGCUUUUAUUAUGUAUUACAUUAUAGUAAAUAAGCUAGUUUGGAGAAUUAAAGAAUUUGCAUGCUACAAUAUGUAUGGUUAAGUUCCCUCCAUCCAGUUAUUACAUUUGUGGGAGGGGCAUUGUUUUGUUAAACAUAGCUGGAGAUUAGCUUUAAAUUAGAUUUAGUUUAAUGAAAGUCAGACAUAUAGAUACGGAUGUUGUGUUUAAUUAGUAGUCUCAGUAUUGGAAUACAGCACUUGUUGUUAUGUAAUUUUUGUACGUUGAAAUAAAUGUAAUCAGCUGUCACAUCAAACUGUCAAACUACAGCUGGUAUGCCAGGAAAAUAUUCAUACAAUGAGACUAUUAAUAAUAUUUUUUAAGAAUGCAUUAUUUUCAAGGGUCAAGCUUCAUGGUGACCUAAUUGGUUCAUUUAGCAGGCCUUUUCUUUUCAUUCAUGUCACUGUCCUUCUUAUUGUAUAUUGUGUAAAUUCAAUUUUUCCACACAAAAUAUAAAAAUUAUUUCAUAACUCUAAAAAAAACCACCUCUGAAUUGAACCCUCAAAGUUGUCUGCAUGCUCAGUAGAUUAUCAACUCUCUGCCCUCAUUGCUGUUCUUUAAGAUCUUUUUAACUAUGGGUUGUUCACCCCAUCCCAUAAUACCAUUUGUUCUCCUAAAAUAGUUUUCACUUCUGUGAGUAAUCCCAGUAACCUCUACUGAUUCAUUAUGUUCAACAGGUUCAAACCUGUCAGUGAUGAACUCUAUUAAUUAUUCUUUAAAGUACCCAAUGUGCCUUGACAAAAGCAAAGCAAUCAGUAAAACAAAUGCAAACCUGCAAUAAAUAUUGCUCAUCUUUCCACACAUAGUUUGGGUGGCAAUGGGAAUGUUGAGACAGUACUCAUAUUCCAUAGUGGAAAAAGACUUUUGCUUUGAAGCACACAGUAGAAAGUUGAACCUGCACAAGAAUAGCAAAAGCCAAUAUAGGCAGCCAAGGCAGGAAGAUGCUUCAGCUAAUACCUGUGAGAUAAUUCAUGUGUGCAAAAAUAAUGAAUAACAGCUAUCAAAGUCAAAUCAAAAUAAGGGAAAAAAAUUACAUGAGUGAUUUUUUUUUUUUUUUUUUUAAAUUAGUAAAUACCACCAUUUGGUCACUGACAGAAUAAUAUGGAGUUACACAGGGAGUACAGCUACUUGGCUAACUAGUAAAGUAUAUAUUCAAAUAAAAGUAGUUUUGAUGGAUUUCUUUGGAUACUUUCAUACACUUAAGAAGUGACAAAAAUGCUAUUUUUCACUACAUUUGCAUGAAGAGAUAUGUGCUUCUUUGUAUAUACUUUGUAAAUAGAAAAAAUCCAAUGUGCAUUUCAGUAUAUGGCAAGAUACUUUUAGAACAUAUGGACUUUUAACUUUUCACUGAUAGCAGUUCUGCAAAAUGCUAUGUUCAGAAGUUUUGCCAGCAUCUGCUACAGUAAGUAUGUUUUCCCAUUGGAAUUUACAGUUUGUAUAAUUGGUUUUGUCCGGCAACUCUAGAGAAAAAUACUUAUUUCUUUAAAUGAGUGACAGAUAGGUGGAAAGCGAAUUGUGAGGAAAAAAAUGAAGAGACUGCUUUUUAAAUAUGUGUACAUUGUGUAUAUACUUUUUUUCAUUAAUUUAAACAAAUUGGUCUUUUUUAUAUUGCCUGUGGCAAGCAAUGUUGUACAUGCCAAUAGAAAACAUUUACUACCAUCGCAUUUAGACUGCCCAUAUAUCGCAUCAAGGGACUCGAGUGCUUUUUAAAUACUCCUUUAAGGAAUGUAAAUUAAAACCUUGUAUAAAACAUUUUGUUAUACCUUUUUCUACUUGUGAAUAAAAUGUUAUGUGAACCAGGCUUGGUUUGUUGAUU